CUCGUCCGCCUCAACACGCAGGCGCAUCUCUUCAAAUCCUGUCCCUACCCCCGCCCUCUUUCUCUUCAUUUCGUUCCCCCUCCUCUUACAGCACCUCUGCAGGUUCAAACUCUGCUCCGUGAGGGUGGCGGCGAUCGAGAGGUCACGUGAUGAGCAUCCUGCUGCCCAACAUGGCGGAGUUCGACACCAUCUCGGAACUGGAGGAGGAGGAAGAAGAAGCGGCAACGUCGUCGUCCUCGCCGUCGUCGUCGUCGGUAUCGGGGCCCGACGACGACGAGGAAGAUGAGGAGGACGAGGAAGAAGAAGAGGACGAGGAAGAAGAAGAGGAGGAGGAGGAGGAGACACCGCCCCCGCCUCGGGUAGUGAGUGAGGAGCAUCUGCGGAGAUAUGCCCCCGAUCCUGUAUUGGUGCGGGGCGCCGGCCACAUCACUGUGUUUGGCUUGAGCAACAAGUUUGAUACUGAAUUUCCCUCAGUUCUAACAGGGAAGGUGGCCCCUGAAGAAUUUAAGACCAGCAUUGGCCGCGUGAAUGCAUGUUUGAAAAAGGCUCUCCCGGUCAAUGUGAAAUGGCUACUAUGUGGUUGUCUCUGCUGCUGUUGCACACUGGGUUGCAGCCUGUGGCCUGUUAUUUGUCUCAACAAAAGAACCAGAAGAUCAAUUCAGAAGUUAUUAGAAUGGGAAAAUAACAGAUUAUAUCACAAGCUUGCUUUGCACUGGAAGUUGACUAAAAGGAAAUGCGAAACUAGCAAUAUGAUGGAGUAUGUAAUACUAAUAGAAUUCUUACCAAAAUAUCCCAUAUUCCGACCUGACUGAGGAAUUUUAUUCAGUCACUUCUGUGUUACUUGUCAUUUCCUACCCUUAGUGCCUUGUAGAUGAUUUUGGAAUGAAGAUGGUCUCCUUUGCUGUGUUCAACUUAUUCCUUAUUUCUUCUUAUUAUUAUUCUUUAGAAUAUUCUCCUUACUCUUUUAUUUGUGUUGGUUUAAGAAGAAAAUUUGCACAUCCUUUUUUUGUUAAUGAAGCUUGUGUUUUGCACUCUAUAUUUUUAAAUAAAUACACAUACAAAGACGUAUAUGUAUAUAUAUAGUUGCCACUAAAGAUAAAUCAUCAGUGCCGGUGUUUAAAAAACAGAAACAAAAAUUUGUUCUGAGCAUGCUGCCUUAUAAUUUUCAUACUCACUGUUUCUAAAUAUGCAUCAUUUUUCUAGGCUACUUAAUGCUCUGUAAUCCCUUACUGGACAUAAGUAAAUAAGCUUUUGGUAGCUUUUAGAAAUGGUUUUACUCUUACUUGCUUUUAAAGGACAUGCAAUUAAUAGCACUGGUUUUGUCCUGCACUUUGCUAAAUUAUCACUUAUGUUAGUGGAUAAAAUAUUUAAACUCUUAAAAGACUUGUAAAUAUUGUCUCUUUGCAUAACAUAAAAUGUGAUAUGCCAUGGUUUACAGAACGUAAUAUUACUCUUACUGUAUUGCCAACAAAUCUACAUAUAUUUAAAUAUGAAUGAAGUUCGCAAGCAUCCUCUUGAAUGCGUAGACUGUUAACAUGCUGUUUUAUGGCAGAGCCAUAAUGAGUUUGUUAAAAAUUUCAGGUGUAGGGCAGGAUUGCCCUUUGUAAUGAGUGGAUUAAAAUUGAAAUCAUUGUCUGAGAUAUUCUGCAUUGCACCUGAAACCAAGAACCUUAGUUUUUCCAUUUAAUUCAGUAAUUCCCAUUUUGUCCUCCACUCCCACUCCCCAAAAAAUUCAUUUGACAUCCAACACAUUUCACAGCUUCACUGUCCUUAUUUAUUGCCUUUUAUGUACCCUUUCCCUCACUUGAAAAUACACACAAUUAUGAUCUUUAAGGAGUGUUUCAAGAUUUCACAUUCUUGGGAGGUGCCUAGAUCCUCAUGUAAGCCACACUAAUCCCUUUUGAAGUUCUGAUAUUCUACUUUGGGAAAGAGAGAGAGCUAAUUGAGAAGCUGUACCUAAAGAAUAUAUAGUGGCUGAUUCAUAAGUGAUAAAAAUAUUCUUUAUUUUUUUGAGGAUCUUUUUUAAACAUUUGGAUAUUACUAAUAAGGAAAGACAAGUACUUAGACAAAAGUAUUUUAGUUUAUAAAUUCACACAUGUAGCCUUUUCAUUUAUAUAUACCUAUUUUUCUUUUCCUCUUCACAAGUAAGAUGAAUGAUAAUACCACACUUAAUUUGAAUUUUUAGCAUAAGUAUAAAGCUUUAUGUUGUGUUAUUUCAACUGCAAAUGUAUGCCUGUAUAUAGGCAUUAUUUGUAAUUCCUAUUGCUAAAAAUAAAUUAAAAGAAUCUGAGACUCAAAAAUAUCCUAUUUGUCAUCUUACUCUUAACUAGAGUAAAAAAUUUUUAGACAUUUAUCCCAGUGAAGAAAACAGUCAUUUUUUCAUACAAAGUCAAGUAUUUUAAAGUCACUUUUAAAAUUUAUGCCUAAUUUGAAAUCCAUAGUCCUAGACCAGUAAAAGAAGAGGAAAAAAAGAAACACUUUUUGAUAUAUGACAAUAAUUGUUUGCAUACUUUUCCAACUCCCUCUGUAGAGUCUCAUUACCCCUAUACCACCAAGCUACCCGGAAUCUCUAACUUUUAAUAUGUGUGCCUGAAAAUACCAUUUGUCUGUCUGCUGCAAAAUUAAAUGUGUAUUUUUAUAGACAAGGUGGAAACCUCUGAAAAUGCAUACCAAAUGUCUUGUUUUAUAGCUAAGGUCAGGGAAAAAUUCUGUCUGUGGUUUAUGCUCCAGCUAAUAUCAUCAGGUUUAUGCUUCAAACUGUGACUGUUUAAUACCAAAAUUGAUUUCCAGAAUAAUACAAAAUUUCUAAUUAGCAAUGAUAGAAUAAUUUUAAGUGUCAGUCCUUAAAAUCUCAUUUUUUCUGUAUAUUUAGAAUUUGGUUAUCAUAACUUUUUCUGCCAUGUAUAAAUCACACUUGUUUUUGCUCAAAGAACAGCAAGAAGUGGUGAAUUGUUUCCAUGAAACAAAUAUUGAGACAGAAAUAAAGUGCAUCUGACGGUGACAGAAUAUAACUUAAGUUACAGUAGUAUUUGUCAUUAAAAUCAUUUGCCAGCAUUUGUAAACUUAAUUUAAAAACCUACUCUAAUUGCUUUUAAAUUUGUUUUAUUGUUCAUUAUGCUGGUUGAUUCAUCUUAUUUUCUUGAACUACUCAGAUAAUACCAAACUUUCUUUUUUCUUUCUUAUAUGAAUGCUUUUUCAAACUAUUUUCCUGCGUAAGGGGCUAAUUACCGGUUGGGUAUUUUGGGAGGACGGUGUUUUCUUUUCAGUGAAAUUGGCAGCAGUGAAUAAUGAAAUGACAAAGCACACUGUGUGGUCAUAAUCCCUCCCCCACUGACCUCUUUUUCUUUUAUCCUUAGGGUGAAACAUACUUGGUUAUUUCUAUCAAGUUGUUAGAAUAUGUUUAUGAAAGCUGUUUUUGGUUGAAGAAAGUAAUCAUGACUUUCUUUUUUACAUGAUAUUCUUUUAUGAAACCUGCUGUGGUAGGUUCCAGAGAAAAUAACAUGUAUUUGCCAAAGUAUCUAAAUCUCACAAAGCUUUAAAGUCACAAGUUAAAACUCUUCCUUCUCUAACGUUUCAUUACAUAUCUCCAUCCCCAGUGCCCCCUUUAAAAACCUAAAUUAUGUAUAAAAUGAAAUUAAGGCCUAACCUUUUUCGACUACAUUUUGUUCCCUUCUACCCAUGAUAUUAAUUUAAGAACGAGAUCUUUGUAGUCAAACAUUAGAAGAAGAUGGAGAAGUGCCUUGUCUUUUUUGAACAAAGAUAACAUUUUAUGUUGAAGGAAACAAAAUGGAUGAAUUGAUAGAUCAUUAGAUUUAAAACUGUCCUUUUCAAGUAUAAGAAUAUUUCAUUAGCAUAUUUCUUCUAUUUAUUAUUCAAAGCCUGUUUCCUAGUUUUCCCCCAAUCAUAUACAUUAGUGAUAAAGCAUUACAGGACAGGACUAUCAAUCACUUAAAAAACUGGUAUAAUUCUAAUGCUAGUGAAUAUAUAAUUUACAUGGUUCUGGAAGAACAGUGGUCUUUGAUUAAAGCCCUACCAAAAUCCACUUAAGUAUUUAAUGUACAUACUAUUUAUAUUAUGAUCUAUAAGCACUAAUAUGUGAUCAAUUUAUCUGUGUUAACAUUUAGCACUCUACCAUUUUUAAUGAAAUUUAUUCUUAUUUUUUCAUAAUUUGAAUGAAGUUCCAUGCUCAUAACAUUUGUAAGGCUUAGAACAAAUAGCAUUUUUCCAAAUGUAUUAAGAGUUUCAAAAAUUAUUAGCAUUUUAAUUUUGUUUACACAUAAACCACCACUUAAAAUCAAACCUCACUACUCGAACAUAAAGCCCCAAAUAAUAUUUCAUCAGAAUUAACUGUGUUGGCUUAGGAGAAUAUAGAAAUUAUAUACACUUGUUUAACUGGAGCAGUUUCACAUAUGGAAAUAUAUUUGCUAAUUUGGUUAUAACAUGCCCAAAUUCACUGAAGUUAAGUCCCCUUAUGCCUAUAAAAUUCUGCUUUAAAAAAUUCAUUUUGCAACAAUUGUCUGAUUGUUUGGAUUCCUUUAAGUGGUGAACUAUUGGGAAAUUUUCCACAGAAAAGGAAUAAAUUUUAUUGAUACUACUUGUUCAUGUAACAUAGAGACUAAAAAAAGAAAGGAUAUGUAUAUCUUUAUCUUGCCCCAAAUUUCUCUCUUUUGAUUCUGAGCCAGCUUUUCAUUUUCAUGAUGGCAACCUGAGAAUAUAUUCCAUUUUCUGUGAACUUUGUCAGCUUCUUACUAUAAUGAGGAAAAGACCUAAUAUUAUGGGCUUUGGCCAAGUCACAUAAAUUACAUUUCAGUCUCUUCAUCUGUAAAAUCAUGGGGUUGAACCUAGAGCUGGACAGAAAAUUAGAGAAAAACUAAUAUUCUGUGAUUCUAGGAAUCCUUAGGAAAUUCUUACUCUACAGAGUCCCAGAAUGAUUUUUCUCAGAUCUACUACCCUUGGUGGAAAUUCUCACAGUGCCUUGCACACAGUAAAUGUUUGAUUUGCCAACUGACUCCUAACUGAUGUGUGUUUAUGUCACCCAGACUAAAGAACCUGAUACCUGCUAGACCUCAGCCCCUCUAUGGUAAUAAAAAGAAAUGCAGUUUCCCUAGGAAUUAAAGGCUAAGAUCUAUGGGUUUUGCAUAUGUGGAAUCUGACUAUGCAUUUGGUAUUGAGGCAAGAAUUAUAACUGUGACAACAGUGGAGAUAUGGGAGGACCACUUUGACAUUGAUGUGAAAAUUGUUCAUAUCCUAUCCAAUAUCUGCUUCAGUGUCUUACUAGGUUCCAUAUCCUCAAAAAGAUCUAUUGGAACAAAUUAAUACUAGAUAGAAAGAAAAGUGGUAUGGAACUCAAACCCAAAUCACUUCUGGUUUAAUUCUUAGUUCUGCUGCUUAAUUCCUCUGUACCUCAUGUCCUCAUUGUGGAAGUGGGGACAAUAAUCUGGGCCUACCUCACAGGGGAAUUGAGGAUUUUUUUUUUCAUAUAUUAAUGUGCUUUUCAAGUUCAGUGAAAGAUAUACUGGAUAUCAUAAUUUUGUAAUUUCUAAAUAGAUUCCUUUAAAUCUAUGUUGUUACGUUUUCUUUCUCAGUCAAACUCUACAGAAUGAGUGUUGCAGUUAAUCUAUUUUGUCAGUAGUAAAUUUUGUUAUUAAUCCCCUAUAUGUUAACAUGAGUAAUUGUGUUACAUUAAUACUUGACUUAGGGAGGAAAAGCAGGUGGAUGUAAACCAGUGGUUCCCAACUUGGGACAGAAUAAAGAUAGCAGGGGGCAUCCUUGAACCUUUUUCUUAAUAUUUCAAAAAAUAUACUAGAAAGCAUACAUUUACCCAUAUUUCUGCCACAUAAGCCAAUUAAGACAUUGAUUUUCCAUGCAUUUUACUUAUAUUUUUUCAAUCCUGCCUAACAACACUGGUUAUCACACAUCGAUCAGAAGUUGCAAAUGACAGUUCUGCUUUUGAUUAAUAAAAGAAUGAAAAAGCCUAUUAUUACAUGCAGUUUAGUAAAUAAAAUUCUUCAAAACAUGGGGAGGGAAUAAUAAAGGGAUGCUUAUGGUGAAAAUGCUGAAAACCACUUUUACAAAGGAGCUAAGAUUAUUGAUUAUUUGACCCUCUCCCCAAGUUACUUGCCCAGUCCCUAAAUAACAAAAUGCUGGAUGUGUGUGUGUGUGUGUGUGUGUGUGUGUGUGUGUGUGUGUGUUGAUUAGAUUGGCCUAUAUAACUUCAGGUUAGAAUUUGCUUUCUGUUCUCUUCUGUUUCAGGAUAACUGAGUUAAUUUGUGUGUGUGUGUGUGGGUGUGUGUUGAUUAGAUUGGCCUGUAUAACUUCAGAUUAGAAUUUGCUUUCUGUUCUCUUCUGUUUCAGGAUAACUGAGUUAAUUUAUUUGAGUGUGUAUUUGUAAAUUAUAUAUACACACAUAGGAUUGCAAAUGUGGAAAGUUUUAUAUGUUCUAGCAUUGGAGUAAAUAUCAACUUCUGAGUCUCAAAGUAGUUCUGUGUAUAAACUCAUUAUGAGUCUAGGCAAUAAUUUCUCAAAUGUCCCUUUUAUUCCUGCUUAUUUUGUUGCUUUUAUCUUGGCUUAAUUUUCUUAAUUUUCCAUUUUUCUAGUAAGCAAAUAGUGUAAAAUUAUUUUAAUGCCUGAACUUUGAACAGAUUACAAGUGUUUGAAAUUAUAUAAUCUACAAGCUAGUUUGCCUUCCAUGACUAACCACAUACAAAUAAUGAAUCUCAGCUGCAAAAACAGGAAAUGCUGGUAGCUGGAAAAUGGGCAUUGAUCAAAACAUCUAUUUGAAAAGCCUAGGAUUUCUACUUUUUGGCAGAGGAUUCCUAUUGGGACAGGUUUACCAGAAAAGAAUAAAAGUGGAUAUGUCCAUUCAAACCAAGAACAUUCGUGCAUCUUGUAUUGUUACAUAGCCCGUGGAAUGAAUUUAUUUUUCUCCCGUGUUUGGGAGUGACUCCCCUGAAAGAACUCAACCUAUAUACAGCUGUGCCAAAAUGAAGGAACCUGCCUUUCUGAAACUUUCACUGCUGCUUCUGUUGUUCACUUGUCAGAUAGAAAUUUUAUUAUCUCAGGAUGCAAAAUUAAAAUAAAGUGCAAAACUAUGUUAAUGAA